AUUUUCAUUCAAAUUGUAUGGAAUUUUCGCGUAUGGAAUAAUUUGGUAAUUGACAACCGCUGCAAAAAUUGGCAAAGCUGUCACACAAAAUGACCAAAAUGUCAAACAAAGUGCAUUGGCGGGAAUAAGGUUAAAGCUCGUAAACAAAACAAUGGUGAUGAAGUUAUUGAAGAAAGUGAGCUGCUGGAUUGGUUAGGAAAUAGCCCAUUAGAUUAGGCAGCAGUGAGCAGGCUGUGAGAUAAACGGCAAAAAUGGGUAUUACGGGUCUAUUACCAUUCCUGGAAAAGGCGAGCAGUGCUUGCCAUUUACGCGAUUUGCGAGGCAAAUGUGUGGCAAUAGACACCUACUGCUGGCUGCACCGGGGAGCGUUUGCAUGUGCAGAACGAUUAGCCCGAGGCGAAUCCACUGAUAUGCACAUACUAUAUUGCCUCAAGUAUGUCCAACUGUUGCUGUCGCACAACAUCAAACCGAUACUCGUUUUCGACGGUCAACACCUGCCAGCCAAAGCGGCAACCGAGGCGAAGCGGCGCGAGAGCAGAGACAAUGCCCGUAAACGUGGCGCUGAAUUAUUGCGCCAGGGUCGUAUCGAGGAAGCGCGAAGUUUCCUAAGACGGUGUGUCGAUAUUACGCACGAAAUGGCACUGCAGCUGAUACGCGAAUGUCACAAACGAGGCGUGGAUUGUAUCGUAGCACCGUAUGAAGCUGAUGCACAGCUUGCGUAUCUCAACCGAACCGACAUCGCGCAGUACGUCAUUACGGAAGAUUCGGAUCUGGUGUUGUUUGGCUGCAACCGAAUCCUAUUUAAGUUGGACUUGACAGGGAAUGGACGGUUGGUAGAGGCCAGUAAACUGCAUCUGGCGAUGGGUUGUAGGGAGGAUCGUUAUAAGUUUGAAAAAUUUCGAUACAUGUGCAUCCUUUCCGGGUGUGAUUAUUUGGACUCUUUACCCGGGAUUGGACUGGCAAAGGCGUGCAAGUUCGUGUUGAAAACGGAGGAUCCGGACAUACGACGAGCGUUGGCAAAAAUACCGGCCUAUCUCAACAUGAGACAACUGUCCGUGACGGAGGAAUACAAGGACGAAUUCUUGAAGGCAGAUGCUACCUUUAGACACAUGGUGGUGUACGAUCCCAUACAACGCCGACAAACGAGACUGGCCGAUCCGGAUCAAGAAAAUACACCUGACCAGUACUGCUGCAAUGCAGGCAAAUUUAUGGACGAGAAAACCGCAUUCGAGCUAGCGGUUGGGAAUUUAGACCCCUUCUCACUGCGCAAAAUGGACGAUUGGCAUCCGGAUGCAGCGGAAGACGGGGAACUUUCCGCAAUUGCUAGAAAAAUGCUUCAUCUCAGCAUCUGGAGGAAAGAUUUUGUAGCGCAGAAGGAAGCUAAAGUUCAGACACAAACGCAGAAACCUCUAUCUUUGUCAGCAUUCGUCAAACGGAAACCGCAUAACGAAGAUCAAGUUGAUCGAGAGUGUAAGGACACGAUCACCGAUGUCUUGCAGACCUACGGUAUUCAGAGUGAUGAACCCGUCUCGAAGCGAUUCUGUAUGACACAGUCGGCGGGGUCUUCUACUGGAUCGAAAGUUGUAUCAAUCGAGUACAAAGACCUCGAGGCGUUAGAUGUGCUGGGACAGCUGGAUCAACCUGCAACACCGAAACGCAAACGUAAUCCUUUUGCAGUUUCUCCAAGCAGACAUGCAGUCGGAAGAGAUGAUUCUGCUGAUGUAUUACUCUCACCCACGAAGAUAACGGCAGCCAACCGAUCGCUGUUGCAUAAUAUAAGUCCGGUAAAGAGAAUAGAUUAUGCACAGCUACGCAGUCAACUUACAGCGAAAGAGUCGUCCGAUGGUGCAGGUGGUGUUGGUACAAGCCGACUUGGUCGUUUGAAAUCGGCCCAUAGUAAAGGAGUAUCGGGUGGUGGUAAUGAGCCGAAAGUGAUUAGUCGAUUUUUCUGCACACAAACAAAGAUACAAAUUAAUCAAACGACUAGCAGCACGGUUAGAAGCGAUACCAUCAGUAGCCCCAAAAAUGGUGGAACGACUGGUGAUAAUAUACUGGUGUCUCCCACUGCCAUUGUAAAGGAAAUAAGAAGUAAGCAAGCAGCAAAAGCAAGUGCUCUUAAAGCGACAGCGUUAUAUCUCAGCUCACCGGAAGCACGAAUUCAAAGUCGCGGUGAUCGUACGCCAGAAAAACAUCGGCAAAGUGUGUCCUCACCCGACACUGAUACGAUAAAGGGUAAGAUACUGGGUCAGCUGGAUAGUGGUAUAGCAUCGGAUGGUGACACUAAUGCACAGGACGUUGAAGCAGCUUCACUGGAAGGAGAAAGUAGUACAGGAUUAAGCUCAUCUCAAAAAGAAAAUGAUGAUUUAUUAGUUACUGCACCUGAAAAGAACUGUACAAAUCCAAGACCACGUGCUACCCGUUUGGCACUGUUUGAGCGAAAGUUAACGAAAAGAUUGAAUCAAACGCCAUAUCAUUUCGAGGCCGUAGAAGAAGAGCUUGCAAUCCUUCUUGAUGACGACAGUAACGAUGGGAACAGUACAGGAAAGCGACACACAACAGUCCAGGAGACUGUGUUGGUGGAUUUGUGCGAUGUAACAAGAGACAUAAAACAUAAGACUGAAGAACAAAUAUCUGCACUGCCCGCAGCUAUAGCUAACGUAGAAACAUCCACUAAAACUAAGGCACGUUCAUCAUGUAAACGGCCUGGAUUGUCUGCCAAUAGGAAACCUACCUCCAAAGCGGAUAACAGUGCCGGAUUGACGCAAACUCGGUUGUCCAUGUUCGGGUUUCAGAAAAAGCCUUCAAUGAACAAUCGAUAGCUCUACAAACGUGCAAU